CCAAACGGGACGUUGUUAGUGGGCUUACGAGCAGUGGAACAGCAAGAGCAUAAUCCAUUAGGUACAAUUUAUGAUGCGAAACGUUUUAUCGGCAAGAAAUUCUCAGCGGAUGACCCCGAAUUCCAAGACGAUAAGAAGCGAUAUCCGUUUAAAAUCGAUUUGGAUGACGAAGGAAGUGUCUAUUUUACUGUACCGUUGGAAUCUGGUAAAGUAAAGAAAAUUAGACCUGAAGAAGUUGGUGCGAUAAUAAUCGAUUAUCUUCGAAAAGCAGCUGAAAAGAAGUACCGAACGAAAUUCAAACAGGGAGUUAUUUCGGUGCCAGCCGAUUUCGAUGAUGCACAACGGAUCGAAUGUCGACGUGUGAUCAGUGAACCGACGGCAGCUGCUCUCGCUUACGGCUUACAUAAGAAAAAGGGUGUUCAGUACAUUAUUGUCGUUGAUUUGGGUGGUGGAACGUUGGAUGUUUCAAUAUUAUGGUUGCAAGGUGUUAUGUUUAUGACGAUAGCAAUGGCCGGUAACAAUAGGCUUGGCGGGCAGGAUUUUAAUGAUCGUGUUCAGCAUCAUUUGAUGGAGGUCUUAUUGUUUAUACGAAGAAAUCGUGGGAAGGCGCUUGGAGACAAGGGAGAUAUCCAGCAAUUGCGACUUGCUAUUGAAGCGGCCAAAAUCCAACUCACUACGUUCCCCGUUACAAACAUCGAUUCGAAUUUACAGUCCCUUGGGAAGUUCCACUACAGGGUAAUGAUUUUGUAG